AACAGUAUAACAGUAAAACAAAAACGGAAGGAGAAGAAAAGGGAAGGGGUUAUAAGAAAGUGAAAAACAAGAAUGGGUGGUAGUGGGAGUGGAAGAGGCGCCGUGAAAGGAACCGCCGGUAUGGCAAUUGGAAUUGGAAUUGGCCGGAGCGUAGGAAACCGAACUGUUCUGAUAACCGGUGUCAGCAAAGGCCUCGGCAGGGCUCUUGCCAUCGAAUUGGCGAAUCGCGGCCACACCAUUAUCGGCUGUUCCCGUGCUCAAGAAAAACUCGAUUCCCUUCAAUCCCUACUCACCUCCAACAACAAUCACCAUCUCUUCCUCAACGCCGACGUCAGUUGCAACAACAGUGUUGCAGAGAUGGCAAGAAUCGUAAUGGAGAAAAACGGCGGUCCACCGGAUAUCAUAGUGAACGGUGCAGGAACCAUUAACAAGAACAACAAGAUGUGGGAGGUUCCGGCGGAGGAAUUCGAUCUCGUGAUGGAUACGAAUUUGAAAGGUAGUGCGAAUGUGUUGAGGCAUUUCAUUCCUGUGAUGUUGAAGAAGAAUGAAGGGGAGGGGAUAAUAGUGAAUAUGUCUUCUGGUUGGGGGAGAUCUGGUGCGGCACUUGUUGCGCCUUACUGUGCAUCUAAAUGGGCGAUUGAAGGACUGACCAAGUCGGUGGCGAAAGAGUUGCCGCAAGGAAUGGCGGUUGUGGCGCUUAAUCCGGGGGUAAUCAAUACUGAUAUGCUUGCUUCUUGCUUUGGUGCUUCUGCAUCUAUGUAUCAAUCCCCAGAAUUAUGGGCUUUGAAGGCAGCUACCAUGAUACUCAAUCUUACUCCUGCGGACAAUGGUGCUUCUCUGUCCGUUUGAACGAAUCUUGAUACAAAUGUAGUUAGAGACAGAACAAAUGUAGUUUCAACCUCUUUUUUUUUUUUCCUCUAAUGUAACUAGUCUCAUGGAUGUGUUGAUAUAGCCUGUGAAUGAGGCCAAUCAUCAAGUCCAGAAUCAUAUGAUAUGAUUGUAUAAUUCUAACUACUACCAAUCUAUCAUUCACAUUGCAAUCUUUUUUUCC